AUGGAGACCGCGGCGCAGGUGAUUCUGCGAACCGUCCCUCCCCUCACCACGAUAAAUGGUACUCGUUAUGUCUCCAACUCAUCUGAGGUUAUCUCGUUACGGUUUUUCCAUGAAUGGCAGAGCUUUAAACAGGAUGUUCUCGAAGUAUCCGAUUCUUUAGAUCUGAGCCAUCCUGUGCCUUACACGGAUGAUAUAUCAGAAAGCUAUGUUGUUGGAAGCGAACUUGGUCUGACCGGAAGGUUCUCCAAGAAUGUAUGUGACCCAGUUUCGAAAGUGUUUGCCACAACUGGCCUCUCCCACUUAAAGUUCGGUGAUUAUCAGUCCUCGGCAGGGCCAACGGACACGAGUCAAGUGCCUGAUAUCACUAUGUUUAACACAACGGGACCACCUCGCCCAGCGGUUGUCGGAGAACUCAAGUCUUUCUGGACAGUUGAACUUGAGGACUAUUCCAUUCGCGGAGGUUAUCCACGUUUAAUCGGCAUCCAGCAUCAUAUUGCCCAACUCGUCAAAUACAUGCGGUCGAGUAAGCUUAAGUUUGGAUUUUUGUCGACAUACGAGUGGACGGUCUUCAUCCGCAGAACAGCUCCUUAUCACUUUGAUAUGUCGUUACCGAUUGCAAGAGACACAUCGAACCCCAGUCUCCGGCAGUGCUUCUUGGCGCUAGGUGUAAUGGCUUCCAAAGAUUGGAAAUUUAUUGAACCCCCUAACUUCAACAUCGCCCAGCUCCGCGUCCCGACGGGCCCUUCACUCCAACCAUCUAUUCGUCUAUCCGCUUUCCGCAACCAAAUCGGCAGCAAGGAGGAGACAUCGGACAUGCUUGGCUCGUCGUCAAUCCUUUACGGGGCCGAUAACGGUAUUGCAACGACGUUCGUAAAUUGCAAGAGCAAUAUCCAGCAAUCCUCCGCCAAGGCGAUUUAUGAAGUCACAUGGGAUGGAAAACCGGCUAUCGCGAAAUGCUGGUCACCGUCUAGAGUCGAACGGUUUGCUGACGAAGCGAGGACUUAUGAGAACAUCCAUGCGCAACGUCUAGCUGGUUUCGAUUUUUUCCCUCCCUACUAA